AUGCAAAUAGAUGUGUUUGUCACGUCCAAGGGUCAACCCAACAGGCUCAUGGUGCUUGAUGGCACUGGAAACAUCCCUGGUUCUCAGCUUGGCAACGCCUAUGCGCCACUGGUGACCAAGGGCGCCCUCAUCAUGGGCAACAGCACCACCUUGACCAUUCUCCCACUGGGCACCAUGAACCAGCUGCUCACCGCUGACACCAAUGCCACAAAUGGCAUCAAGUGGGCGCAGGGCGACCACACCACUCUGAACAAUGUUGGCACCAACACCCACGCACAGAUUGACACCUUCAUUGGAUCCAAGGGCGCAGCAUCUGGACUUGCAUUGCUUGAUGCGUUGAGCUUUGUGCUGGUGGUGCAGUUGGGCAAUAUGGGCAGCACCAUGCCUGUCGCCAUGCUGCUCACCAUUGUGUGCCCAUGGACUGAGGCCAGAUGGGCUGGUGAUCUCAAUGUGCUCAAGACCACUGGUACACUUGUGCCCAUGUACUUGGGUGCAAUCAAUGGUGGCGCCAACAACACCUACUUUGUCAACCUCACUGACCACACCCAGCAGCCCCAUGCCAUUGAGAUCAUGCUCAAGAACACAUGCACUGUGUUGCUCAUUGUUGACCCUGGCAACAGCGCACAGCUGCUGCUCAACGGAGGCUACUACUUGGAGCUGGGUACACACACCUUCAUGGUCCUGGCGCUGGCCUUCAUGCUGUGCAGCAUCACCAUGGGCACCUACAUGGACAAGUGGAGUGGUGGCAACAGCAUCACCUAUGUGGAGGCCACCAGGAUGGACCACCAGAAAACGUGGCAUGUCAUGUAA